GGCCACUUUCCAAUUCAGCGCCACCUGGCGGAUCAUAAUCCAAGAUGGCGGCGUAUGGUGUGUCCGUGUCACAGCACAUGUUUUUAGUGUUUUAUCAGCGCUACGCGUCAAAUUAGACUUUUUCCAGAAAAUCUUCGUGCUUAAAUGCGUAUAUAGGUACCAACAACAAGUAACCAUGUCUCGAAAAAGAAAUCAUGAGGAGAUGAACCAGUCUGCAUCUACUGACCGUACACUGCACUGUGUUUGCAAGACCCCAGAAGAUCCAGAAAAAAUAAUGGUUAGAUGUGAUCUCUGUGAUGAUUGGUUCCAUCCAUCUUGUGUUAAUCUUGAUGAAGAAGAAGCUAAGAACAUUGCAAAAUGGUUUUGUCCUGGCUGCUGUGAACUAAUGAAAAUAAACCCUUUAAUUUCAAAAAAAGGACUCCUUAGUUUUCAAGGACGCGUGGCACCAACGACAGGAUGGGGUGAAGAUUUCCCUAUUGAGGACAUCGAUGAAAGUGUUCUUGACUUUGUGAAAACAAAACGCCACAGGGUUGAAGGCUGGACACUAUUCCGAGAGGGAAAAAUAACAGGUUUGAGCAGUACCACAACUGGAAACUUGAUAUAUUUCAGAGGUCAAUGCCAAGCUGCAAUGAAGCAGAAAACUUAUAACAUAUACAUGUGCCUGAAACAUGGAGGAACAAAAUUAAAGUGGGGGACAUGCUCAUGUCCAGCAGGAAUAGAUGGGCAAUGUAAGCACCUUGUAGCCACAUUGUUCUGUCUUAUUGACUUUCACCGCCAGGAUGUAAAAACAAUGCCCGAUGUGAAAACAUGCACAGACAAGUUGCAAUUGUGGCAUGUUAGAAAACCAACGUCUGAUGAGCCUCUUCUGUUCAGAGACAUCAACUUUGUCAAACAUGAUCCGUUUAAGACCGUGAAGAAGGAUUUGUGUGCAGCUGCAGCUACUCAUAACCCUGUGCCCGAGUUUGCCAGAUCUGUUACAGGUAAUGAUCUAACCAAACUUGUUAACCUGUUUGAUGCAUCAGGUUUAAACCUUCCAGUGUUGGACACCAUUCGAGAAAACAAUUUCAAACCUGUGGCAUGUAGGCAACGCUGUGAUGUAAACCUAGACGCAGAUUUGUUUGAGAUGGUUGACAAUACUAGCUUCAGUGAAAUAGAAUUGCCACAGGCACUCAAAUCAGACAUCCAGCAACAUUACCUAGUUAAUGUGAGUGUAGACACCCAAAGAGCCAAGUUCAUAGAGAAAAAUACAAGGCUACAGAGCAAGACUUCAUUCUGGUUUAAUGAGAGACAAUACCGUAUUACUGCAUCUAACUUUGGUGUUUUUUGUCGCCUGAAAAAUACAACAGACCCUGUGAAUACGUUUCAACAAAAGAAGAAGUUUUUCACGUCAAAAAGUGUCCGUCACGGUAUCAAUUAUGAAGCUCAAGCCUUGGCUUUGUAUCAAAAGGAAAAACCAUGUGCUAGUUCACCAGUUGGUCUUGUUGUAAACCCCAAACUACCCCAUCUUGGAGUGACACCUGAUAGACUAGUAAAAGUCAACAAUGAGAUUAGACUGGUGGAAAUCAAAUGUCCAUACUCUGUAUUCAAGAAGAAGACAAGUAUAUUAUCACAAAUGAAGGAGAAAAACUUUUAUUUGGAAAAAAACCCGACAACUGGUGAAAUCCAACUCAAAAAAUCCCACGACUACUUUUAUCAAGUGCAAGGACAACUGAAUUUGUGUGGAAUAGAGAAGUGUGACUUUGUAGUAUUCGUUCCUCCGGAAGACAUUGCCAUAGUAGAGAUACAUCGUGAUUCAGAGUUUUUCUGUUCUAAUAUGUUGCCUAAACUCAACAGUAUCUAUUUCAGCCAUUUGCUCCCACAUUUUGUUGAUUGUCUCCGCACAAAAGAUCAGUGAAGGUCUCGACUUGUAUUGUUUAGUACAAGAGGCACAUGCAAUACCCAUCCAGACUGACAUUUUAAAUACAAACUUUACUUUAUGUAUAUUGAAAAAUGGUGUGUAGCCAUAUAUUUUCGCAUGUUGACUAGAUUCUUUCAAUGUGUUGAUUAUCAUAAUUAUC